CUUGAGUUAGCUACUCUGCUAGGUGGAGGCUAGCCAAGAUUACAGAGGUUUAAACUUGUCAUGCGUGCAUAUUAACCCGUUAAAGUUUACAACCUGUAUUUGAGAGCUUGCCAAAGAAACAAUGAGCAAGAGGAAAGCGCCACAGGAAUCCCCAAAUGAGGGAAUAACAGACUUUCUUGUCGAGCUGGCCAAUUACGAGAAAAACGUCAACAGGGCGAUACACAAGUACAACGCUUACAGGAAAGCAGCAUCGACCAUCUCCAAGUACCCUAACAAAAUCAAAAAUGGCGAAGAGGCAAAGAAACUGGAAGGUGUUGGAGCUAAAAUAGCAGAAAAGAUUGAUGAGUUCCUACAAACUGGCAAGCUACGGAAACUGGAAAAGAUCCGUAACGAUGACACAAGCUCUUCCAUCAAUUUCCUCACCAGAGUCACCGGAAUUGGCCCUGCUGCCGCCAGGAAGUUUUUUGAAGAAGGGGUGAAGACAUUAGAAGAUUUGAAAAAGAUUGAGCACAAGCUGAAUCAUCAUCAACAGAUUGGACUCAAGUACUUUGAGGAAUUUGAGAAGAGGAUUCCACGUGCUGAAAUGGAACAGAUGGAGACUCUUAUUCUUGGAGAGUUGAAGGAGAUCGGCACAGAAUAUAUUGGGACAAUCUGUGGAAGCUACAGGAGAGGUGCAGCAUCGAGUGGUGAUAUUGAUAUUUUGCUGACCCACCCAGACUACACCUCUGAUACUCAGAAGCAGCCCAAGCUCCUUCAUGCAGUGGUUGACCAUUUGGAGUCCAUUGGGUUUGUGACCGAGACCAUGUCCAAAGGAGACACUAAGUUCAUGGGAGUCUGCCAGCUGCAGCGGACUGAUGAAGAUGAGGAAGAAUACCUUCACAGGCGUAUUGAUAUUAGGUUAAUUCCCAAGGACCAGUACUACUGUGGAGUUCUGUAUUUCACUGGAAGUGACAUCUUCAAUAAAAACAUGAGAACUCAUGCGCUGGAGAAGGGCUUCACUCUUAAUGAGUACACCAUACGGCCACUCGGGGUCACUGGUGUGGCAGGGGAGCCUCUGAUGGUGGAUAGUGAGAGAGACAUCUUUGAAUACAUCCACUACAAAUACAGAGAGCCAAAGGAGCGCAGCCAGUGAAGCAAAGGUUUACAGUUACAUCUUUAUUUGAAGCUACAGCUUUCUAGCAAAGGAGAUCAGAAGCAUCUGUACAAAUGUGUUGGUUUACCAUUCAACUAUGUUAUUGAACACAAAACAACUAUGAAAGUCAUUGAAUUUUUUUUUUGCUGUAUCUUUCUAUCAAGAUGAAUCCCCUUUUAAUAACAUUUGUACCUAAAUGCACACACAACAAAAUUGUUAUUGUGUUUUUAUCACAGGCUAAUUCUGAAUGUUCAUGUAUCCUCUUUUAUUGUAUUUUUGACCACACUUUAAGAUUAUACCAUAACCUGAGGAUUAAAACACAACAUAAACAAGGAAUACCACUAUCAUCAGGGCAUUUUCCCUUGAAAGUAGUUCCCUUUAACAAACUGGCUGAGCUGAGGGGUUUUAAUGGUUAAUUGUUUCCCGUUCAUUCAACAGUGUUGCUACUUUAUGUUAGUAGUUAAUAGUAGUUAGUAAAAAAUCACUUCUGCAUGGACAUAUGCAUGUUUUUAAACCUGUAGUAUUUCUCUUCAAAUUAGGGGGCAAACUAAUAAUAAUAAUUCAAGAUAAGAAAUGCAAUGAUGCAAACAUUAUUUUCUGCUUCUGGGUGCUAAUGAUUUUUUUUUUUAAAGAUAAAUGAGAUUGUUUGAUAUGUGAAUAUGACUGUUACACUGGUAGAUAUUAUUGAUCUCUCGUAUGUGGUUGUGUGAACAUGAUGACGUGUUUCGUGAUAGAUACAAAUUGACCAGGUUCCUGAAAUACUGCUACAGUGUACCCUGGUGAUGCAGAUCUUAAUCUGUAACACAAAACUUUAGGAUUAGGACGUCGAUUCAGUUUUGUAUGUGGAUGAUUGCAAAUAUAGCUGGUAAUAUUUAAGAAAAUAAAAAUAAAAUG